ACGAAUAUCAAACUCAACCAUUAUCUCUAGUCAUCAGACCGCUCCACUGAUAAAAUCUCUGGGAUUUUAGUCCACUCUUGCUGUAACAGACACUUGAAUCGCUACUCUGUCUUCCUUCUCCUCUACAAUUACCAUUCCGUCAAAGACAAGAUGGCCGUUGACUACAUCAAGAGUCCAUCGGGCAUCCUGAAGGUGGUGCAGAUCGUAAUGGUGAUCAUUGCCUUCUCCGUGUACCGUGGGGUUCCAGGGUAUUUUGGUAACACUGGCCUCGAUGACGCGAAUGUGUUCGGCGGGAGCAUACUCGUGACGGCGCUCAUAAUCACCCCCAUCCUGCUGGCCGUGAAACUUCUCCACGAGAACCAACCGAAGAACUUCUUGGAAGUAAUCGUCAACUUCGUGCUCGCACUUCUGCUGCUAGCCGCCGGUUCGGAAGCCAUCAACACCUGGUCGGGAGUAAGCGCUUUUCCUAAAAACCGGGAUGCGUCCUUGGCUACGGGCUGUUUCUGUCUCUUCGCCUCCUUCGCCUACUUCGGAAACGUUGCUCUCAACGUCCUUGAACUCAAGAGCACCGGCGAUGGUUCGGGAUAGUAGAAGUGACGCCACGCUAUCACCUUCCCUGGGAGAGAUCUGAUGAGUAACAGGGGGAUCGGAUGUUCUGGAACUCUGGGCAAAAUAUUUGACUGACUCUGAAUUACCUUUUUCACUGUGAAGGCAAUUUUCCUUUUGCGAAAAUGUUUUACGCAAAUUAAACAGUGUUGCAGUAAUAGAGAGAAAAAAUGUAUAUUUUAAACCAAACGUUGCUGCAUUGGAUCUAAAAUGUAAAACAUAUGAUGGAGUUAAAAUUUGUUCAAGAUCACUGCUAUUUUAAGAUCCUCUCUGUACAAUUUUUUGAGUUUAUUGUCGAAGUUUAUCUGCUUUCUCAUUUUGGAACAAAGAUAAAGUCACUCAGGUAAGGUUUGGCGAGCAUCCUUAAUGCACUUAUAAUCCAGAAAAGGUUUUCUACAUUUUCAAUCUUCAUGAAGUACUGUAGUAUCGAAGGUUUUUAAAUCAUCUUACAUUUUGUACAUACACCCUUAAGCACGACUUUUCCUAUAAUUUAUCAAAUUUAUGUACAAGAACAAUACAUGGCGUCUCAAAACGCAUCAAAUUUAUUAAAAAUUAAUCUUUGGCUUCAGUAGUUUUCAAAUGAAGAAUAUGUUGGUGAAUUUUCUCCCCUUGCCAAGAAGAAAGCCUGAUGCCUUCCAAUAUGUUUAGUCACAGUUUAUUGUAUCCGAUAGGUAUUUUAGUUCUUUUAUUGUAUUUAUGCUUGUAUGAGAACAAAGACAUGAAUCAUUCAUAAAUUAAAAACUUGAGAAAUGUACAAGCUAAAGAACAGUAAAUGUCUGAAUAACUGAAA